AUGUUAGAACAAGAGAAACUAUCGACCCAUUUUACAGAAAUUCUUUCAAAAGACUUCAAAAGUCUUAGUAGUGAAGAGAUGAAACAGUAUCUCUGCGCUGCCGCAGCAAUAAAGACAGACAAAUUGGAAAUUAGAGGAGAUAUCGAUUCAGUUUUACGAUUUUUGCUUUCUAUUUCUUAUAACAUAUCUCAUUACUUUGAUUUCAAAUUUAAUGACGAUGAAAUAAUGUAUUAUUUAGUCAAAUUUAUCAGAUCAUCAGUAUCAAUUUAUUUAAAUUUCGAUUUCUGGGAGGGAAUUUCUGCCUGGACUCAUGGAACUAUACCUUCAGAAGAAGUUAUUGUUCCUCAAGGCUUAAAAUUCAAAGAAAAUAAUUUAAAGCCAUUAAAACUCAUUCAUUUCGCGCGAAAACUAUUUCAAGCACCAUAUUACAAUACAAAAGAAAUUAUUUGUUGGGUAUUAGAUGCUUCUUUGAAAGAAUUUCGAAAUAAAAAUAAGCCAGGAUUUUCAUUUUUACAAAACGACUAUUAUGCCGCAAAGAUCAAACCAGAAAGUAUUGUUAGUGACAUUCUUUCCUUUGAUAGAUCGCUUGCUUUCAAGCCAACUUACAAUAAUCAGUCAAUUAACUUUUUAUGCGUUGGAAGCGUAUGUAAUUUCAUUGGCAAAGGUUUUGAAUCACCAAUAUACGAUAAUUUCUACUUUACUAAGCUCAUUCAAUCAAGGGCGAGCAAUCAAAUUUUAUUAAUCUCCGCCUGUUACGCUUGUGGCAAUCCAAUCACUACCAACAAGCUUCUUAAAGGUGCCACAGUGGAAUCCAUCAUCAUUUGUGCAUUAAAGAACGGUAUAAACCUCCGACCAAAAGAUAUCAUUGAUACAACGCCAUCUGUCAAACUUGCCUUACUAUUUUCGAUGUCAACCAAGCUGGAGAAGUUCGAUGAAGAGAUAUUCCAGCUUAUCAACACGAAUUCGCCUGAAAUUGAACAAUACAUUCCUAUUAUUGCAAAUUUCAAGCGAGAUAUACCCGAUUCCAUUGAAGAAAUCAUCAAAUGGGCCGACAAAGGAAAUAUUCCCGCACUUAUCCAAGCAUCGAAGCUUAAAAAUUCCUGGAAUUUGAUGUCAAAUCCAUUUUCUCAGACAAUUGUCAAAUCCAUGAACCAUGAGAGCUCUCCAACAGAUGAUAUCACUGUAUCUACAGCCAUCAAGCUUCUUAAUGGUGGUUCUUCCGUUAAUGUUUUCAACAAAAGUUUUGAUUUCAUUAUUUCAAAAACAAAAUGUGACGAUUUUUGUUUUAUUGAACCAAUCAAACUUAACAAGACUAAGAAGACAAUAAAAAUAGAAGAUAUACUUGAUAUCAAAGACAACGAAGUCUGUGUUGCAUGUAUUUGUGCAAUUUUAUGUUCAAAUUCUUUGAAAACAGAAGAAGAACUUAAAAAAUUGGCAGAAAUUUCAUUAAUUUCUUCAAUUCCUCUUCAAGUAUCAGAUUACAUUGACUGUGAAAAGAUCAGUGGUUUAAUAGAUAUAUGUUGGAAGAAGUCUCUAAAAGAAGCAUUGAAAGAUGUUCGAAAUUUUGCAAAUUUAUUGAAUCCUGAAUAUAAAACAACAGCUUCUGAAGCAAUCUCUAUUUUGAUUGAAGAAAACAGGUGUUCGAAAGUUAAUUUCAUCACUAAAGUAUGUGGUGAUAAUAUUCUAA